CAGAGCUCAUAUAACGAUUACUCACUUACAUCAGUAACCGGGACCAACGGCUUAACGUGCGUUCCGAAGCACGGAUCAUCUUACUUUCGGACAAUCAGGUGAUCAGCCUGUAAUGUCCUAACCAAACUAGGGAUCACAAAGUGAUUUUUGUGAUAUGACCCCACCGGGAUUCGAACCCGGGGCCACCGGAUAGUGAGUCCAAUGCUCAACCACUGGACCACAGAGGCCGUUAUUAGUCAAAGAAAUUUAAAAUGCCCAUGCAACUAUUACAAGGCAAAUCAAGAUUUUCAGAAGAUAACAACCUUGGAAGAUGUUGGUCUUACCAUCUAUCGACACAUAGGAGGUAAAACAAAUGCACAAGAAACUACACUUGUGAUGGAUGUCAUGGCUGAUGAAAAUUUUGUUUUAGAGAAUUCUAGCAAUUUAGAUAUAAUGCCAGAAGACUUUGUUCUUGCAUUUGAGCAAAAUAAAAUAAGCUGUCAACAUUGCAAAAACAUCGUAGAACACAUAGAAAGAUUAUUAAAAAGUAUACAGGUCAUUAAAAAUAGAGAUACCAGAAGUAUUUGUGCUCAUUGUAGAUCUAGGCCUGAAACACAAUGUCCUCGAUGUCAAGAGAUAUUACGGAGAUUUAACGCAGCAAAGAAAGAAGAUCAAGAAAGGUGUAGAAUUAAUAAACGCGUAGUCAUAUGUUUAAACAAAGUUCCACCUAAUUCUCGAACUGUAAUUACUGUUAUGGACCGUAAAUCGAGUAAAGACACUGCAAACUAUCUAGGCGAUCAUUCACCACCACCCAUUAGUUUUCUGGAUAUGGGACAUCUUUGCUAUCCGAAAUGUCUUCAUCCCAGUUGUACUAGACAGUUGUACGCUGACGACCUAUCAGCCAGAACAGCUCCACCUCAUUACCGCUCUUCAAAGUUAGAGUCCAAGUUAAGUAAAUCUAGAUUUGAACACGACUUGGAAUUUGACUCUAAAAUGAAAAAAUAUCGGUCAGAUGACUUGUUAGUUGAUUCUUUGAAAAAACCUGUACAACCUGAAACAAAAAAGAAAUUUGAAUUUGUGUUCCCGAAAAGCAGCAAAAAAUCAAUAGUGGUUCCGGAUUUGAAACGUGUUAGCUCAUCCGCUUUAGUAAAAGAUAUGCUUGAUAAAUCACAUAAAGAUAACAAAGAAAAAGAAAAAAAUUAUAAGAUUGAAAAGAUCAAAGAAGACGAGAAUAAUAAUUUAAAAUUAAAAGCAAAGAAAACUGAAGAUGAGCAAUUUCAGUAUACUUCAUUACUUACGGCAAAAAAAUAUAAAGGGGAAUAUAUACCUGAAACCUUUGAAGGAGAAAAGAAAAUAGAUGAAAAAAAUAAAAAGAAACUGGUUAAAGGAGAAACAGAAUCAAAAGAAAAACAAACGUCAAAAAUAUUGUCUGAUGCCAAACUACGUAGUAGUGGUAAAUCUGAACAAACUUCCAAGGAAAAGGGAGACAAUGUUAUCAAACAUAAAAGUGAUAUACAAAUAGAUAUAAAAAGGAGAGAUAAAUCUGAAGAAAAAAAAGGAAAAAGUAAUAAAGAUAACGACGACAAAACAACAUAUGGAGAAAGAAAAGGAAACAUUCAUAAAGAUAAAGGAAAUAUGAAAAGACAGCCAGAAGAAAAAGGGUCACUAGAGAAAAUAAAAGGUCCUUCUGGAAUAUCACAGAAACAUAAUCAAAUAAAAGGAAAAAGUCAAAGCGAACAAAUCCUAAAAAAAGAGAAAUCAAAAGCAAGAAAUAAAAUACAAGAAAUGUUUGCUAAAGAAAGUAAACUGGACGCUGAAAAGGUACAAAAUAAUAUGGCGCAAACGGGACAGAACACAGACGACAAAUUUGGACAAAAAAGAACCAAUGAGGAAAUAAGAAAAAGCGGUACAAAGAGAGAACAAGGCGUAAAUGAUUUGUCCGAUAAAGGCGGGAAAGUUUCAAAGUCAGGCGUGAAAGAUAACGAAAUAGAUAAAAGUGUAAAAGGUAAAGAUGUACAAAAUUUACCACAAAAAGAUAACGUAACUAAAGCCGGCAAACAAGUUUCAGAGAUAUCAAAGAGGGACGAAAACACACUAGAGCCAUCUGAAAGAGAAGGAAGAAAUAUUUCUGCCGAACUCCCAGGACAUAAAAGUGAUAAAGUUAAAAACUUGAAGGCUGGUGACAAAUCUAGGCAAAAAGAAAGUAUCGGUGAAGUUAAUAAAGAAACUACAAAGAAAGGUAAAAAAGGGAAGAAAGAAAAAAAUGACGCUAAUGGAGAUGAGAAUAUGGACACCUCCAAAUUGUUAAAAUAUAAGAAAGAUAAAGAUGUAUCAACUAAAGAGAAAGGCGGAAAAAAGAAACGAUUUCCACCAAACACAAUAUUUGAAUUACCAGACUUGUUCAAUGAAAUAGGGACUAAGAAACAAGGCGAUUACUCCGAAAAAGAAAAAAAGAGAAUAAGAGAAAAACAAUUUACUGUUGCAGAAUUACAACAACUUGAGAUAUUAAAAGAUUCUCUUGGUCAAGACAUGAAACUGAAGACACCCGUAUUACGAGGACAAAACUCUUUUCGGAACCAAGACAAAGAAAAGAAAAUUGUUAGUAACCUAUUGGCUGGAAUUAUCAAUCAUUUACCUAUUGUUUCAAAACACAGAGAUCAUAGUCAUAAAAGUCUUGCAUCAGAUUGUAUUGUUUGUCAUGCAUCAGAUGUCGAACUUGAUCUUGAUAGUUGGAGAAAGGGAAGAAAUAAUAAAGCUGCUUUAAAUAAAUACAUAAAGUGUUUAAAAGUAAAGCAAGCUAACAAUUAUAUACAACAAACAGACGAAGGAGAGGAUCACAUUUUCGAAUUUAAAAGCCUGGAACCAGUGGAGAAAAAACCUGAAGUAAAAAACCGUAAAAAAAAAGCACCGGAACCCUAUAUUGGUGGGAAAGGCAUAUUGAGGUACGCUCUGUCGGAUCGUACGUUCAUUGAAAACGGCUGGACGGUACUUCCAGUCGAAAAAGUGAUCCGUCGAAUGAAUGUGUACCGUAUGCGGCCUGUGAACCCAGAAUUCGACUGGUUUGAACAUAACAAGAGCAAGGGUUACAUGACUUAUGACACUGGCGAGAAACUGGCAGAAAUUAAUGAUAACGGCCACGGAACCUGGUACUACCGCAGCGGCAGGCUGGCACUUGACUAUUAUGGCGCUGAAGAAAUGAAUGCUGAACGACGUUUUGUCAUUUACAGCAGCGGUGAAAAAGAUCAGAGAGGCCGUUCCUAUCCAAUUACUGUGUUAGCAACGUUCGAUUACCUUGGAAACGGCAUUGUGUUUGAUCACAGUGGAAAAAUACGUCUCAAAUAUAACCAGGCUGAAGGCAUUGUCCUCGAUCGAGGAAUAGGGCCCGUGUCACAUUGGAAAUGGCACUCGCUAAACGAUCCGCCAAUCCUGCAACAAGUCAUGAUGGACACCAGUUUGUAUCCCAAAGAUAAGAGCAUACGCUCGCUUGGACACGAAGAUGAGAAGAAAGAGAAACCAAUUAAUGAGGAAAUGUUAGAAAUCGAGUUGCAGAACUUAGUAAAAGAAACAGAUAUGCAAUCAUCCACACAAUAUCAGCCAUACCAAAUAAAAAUGAAAGCUUUAAAAAUAAACGACCAAUUCUCUCUAAGAAUCUUAGAUCAAAAAACAAUAUAUCUAAUAUUUAGAGAUGGCACAACGCAUUUAAAGCUAAACUUGGGAAUGGUAUUGGAUCAAGACGAAGUAUUGGAUACUGUUAAAACUGAAAUAGGUGAAGUACAUAGUACAAAUUUUCGUCCGCCUGCGACGGAUAGUUUAGCAGAUAUACAGCGCAAACUUGCAAUCGCCAGGAAUUUUGAUCGCGUGUGCGCGGAGCGCGAGCGACGGCUACGCCCGCAGGUACCCGUCGCUAGCGUUGACCGGCUGAUCGCGGGCGUCUCGCACCCGCGGCCACAGGUUCAUGUUCUGUCCCCUGCAUCCAGCGCACGGGAAUGUUACAAACACCGGAAGCCGCCCCUGAAUAUGUAUUACGACACACGACUCAUAUAAAACUUAUAAAUAAAACUAUAUUAUCAAAA